CACACAGCACCACAACUGGGGCAACAACAGGAAGUCUGUUAAAGAAAAAAGCUGUUUCAUAUUGGUCGACUUUGCCAACGUUGACACAAGACUAUGGAAGAACUUGGAAGGAUUCGCUCUCAAUUAGUCGAACUGUUAUUGGACCAAGAUGUCAUCAAUCUCCUGCGUUACCUUAGGGAGAUGAAUGUGUUGAAUGACGAGGAGAAGGAGACUGUAGAGGGGUGGAUGACAAGUGAAGGCAAAGCACGAUGUCUCAUUGAUACGGUGAUGAAGAAAGGGGAGAGAGAAAGUAGCGUGAUGGUUGAUUAUUUGACGGAGAGACCCCCUGAACUCUGGCCGACCCUGGGUCUGACCCCAACUUCUGCUCUGAUCAAACUUGGAAGGAUUCGCUCUAAAUUAGUCUACACGUUGUCGGACCACGAUGUCAUCAAUCUCCUGCGUUACCUUAGGGAGAUGAAUGUGUUGAAUGACGAGGAGAAGGAGACUGUAGAGUGGAAGACGACCAGAGAAGACAAAGCACGUUGUCUCAUUGAUACAGUGCUGGGGAAAGGGGAGAGAGCAAGUAGCCUGAUGGUUGAUUAUCUGACGGCAAGGCAACCUGAACUAUGCUUAACCCUGGGUCUGACCCCAACUUCUGCUCGGAUCAAACUUGAAAGGAUUCGCUCUAAAUUAGUUGACAUGUUGUCGUACAACGAUUUCAUCGAUCUCCUGCAUAACCUUAGGAAGUUAAAUGUGUUGAAUGACGAGGAGAAGAACACUGUAGAGGGGAAGACGACCAGAGAAGACAAAGCACGUUGUCUAAUUGAUACGGUAAAAGAGAAAGGGGGGAAAGCAAGUAGCGUGAUGGUUGAUUAUCUGACGGAGAAACACCCUGAACUAUGCCCAACCCUGGAUCCGACCAAAACUGCUCAGAUCAAACUUGGAAGGAUUGGCUCUAAAUUAUUCGGCAUUUUGUCGAACCACGAUGUCAUCAAUCUCCUGCAUUACCUGAGGGAGAUGAAUGUGUUGAAUGACGAGGAGAAGAAGACUGUAGAGGGGAAGAUAAACAGAGAAGACAGAGCACGUUGUCUCAUUGAUACGGUGUUGGAGAAAGGGGAGAGAGCAAGUAGCCUGAUGGUUGAUUAUCUGACGAAGAGGCAGCCUGAACUAAGGAUAGGCGAGUUGCUAUUUAAAUGAAUUUUUUCAUUAUUUUCAAAGGAAUUAUUUACCUUCAUACAAUUAUCAUCUUGUUUGUCCAAAACUAUAUGAUUCUUAAAUGUGUCAAUAACAGGAGGAACUAAGGUCACGUAGUGAACUCAGCCUCCCACUGCGCAAUGUUUUUGUACGUCAAAUUUCGGUCCACUGAAGGGAUUGUUUUGUAGCGACAGGCGACAUACGUUUUUCGACGUCUACCGAACGUCCAAGGUUGACGUCCUUGGGACCUCUGUGCAAGGGCUAUUUAUAGUGCAAAUGUGGUCGUUUGUGUAGACUUGUAGACUCAUUUUAGACUACUUCUAUAAUUUAUUUAAUUUAUUUAUGUGUUGAUGGUUUUUGCCGUCAGAAAAGGAUAAACUGCGAUUUAUUUAAUUGCAGCGUCGGAUAAAUGAUUAAGGACCGAUCAAUGGCUCUCCCUCCCUCCCUCCCUCCCUCUCGCUCGCAUGCUUUUGACCCACCCGUAGGCCACAUGCCAGUGCACACACACACACACACACACACACACACACACACACACACACACACACACACACAGACACACACACACACACACACA